AUGAACCCCCUCCGAAAUGCCCUCUUACCAAGGGCCUCAACCUCACCCUCAACCCCUCUCCGACCGAUAACCCCCAAAUCCAAGCCGCAAGUAUUGCGCCCACAGCGCCCACAACACCGAUACAACUCGGACUCCUCUACAGGAAAGACACCAGCAGAGAGAAAUGCCACACCUGCACACCCACCACACUCGCACUCGCACUCGCACCAUUCAAGCCCCUCAACUCCACCCUCGCGCCCAGGCACAACCCCUGCCGCAGCCGCAGCCGGAGCACCGACCACACCAGCGCGAAGUCGCGGCUUCCGCGCGGUGGUAAUGGCCGGCCCGCUGGGGAAGUUUGGGAGAUGGUACGCGCGCGCGCAAGAUCGCAAGCCGUAUACAACGCAGUUCUGGAGCUCGAUUGUUAUCUACCUGUGUGGUGAUCUGAGCGCGCAGAUGCUGUUUCCUUCUGAGGUUCCUGCGCCUGCGAAAUCGGACGCGGAAGAUGGGGAUACGGUGGAGGGUGUGGUUGCGGACGGGGAGACUGUGAGCGCUGGUUAUGAUCCGCUUAGGACUCUGCGGAGUUUGUGUGUUGGUGCUGGGUCGAGUAUUCCUACUUAUCACUGGUUCAUGUUCCUCGGCAACCAUUUCAACUACCCGAGCAAAUUCCUCUCGAUCCUGACGAAGGUCGUCGUGCAGCAGACGUGUUUCACUCCUGUCUUCAACACGUACUUCUUUAGCAUGCACUCUCUUCUUGCUGGUUCGACGUUCGAGGAGACGUGGGAGCGGGUGAAGAAGGCUCUCCCUGUCAGUAUCAAAAACAGCGUCAAGCUCUGGCCGAUUGUUACUGCGUUCAGCUUCAUGUACGUGCCGGCGCAAUUCCGGAACGUCUUUUCUGGGUGCAUUGCGGUUGGCUGGCAGACCUAUCUGAACUGGUUGAAUCUGAAGGCUGCUAGGGAGGUUGCGGCUGCUGAGGCGCUGGCUGAGGCGCAGGGGAUGGGUGCUGGCAUGUCCUGCCCAGAGAGAGAUGAGAAUGAAUCUGACUACGGAUCCGACUUCACUCCAGACGAAGAGGAUCUGUUAAACAAUCUGUUAAACAAAGCCGUCGCGGAACAUGCGACCGCCGACGCCACUUUCAUCUCGACAUCAACCUGGCCCUCAACCCCAACGCCGAUCGAACACAUCACCGCACCAAAAUCCCCAGGACUCGCCGAGCUCGAUUCAUUGCAACCAGAAGCUCUAGAAGCACUCCUUGCAGAUAUCGAGGAUGGCAUUGAGCCAGCUAGCGCUCGGCUGCCUAAGGUGCUGGGCCGGGAACAGCCUUACUCGCCAUGGCGGCAGUCGCAGCCUCGACCAGGUCAGGCGGUUAGAUGGGGUGCGAGGACGAGUGAAAUGGGGAGGUCAGAUCCGCGCGCUGGCAACAGCAACAGGAGUAGCCCGUUUGUCGAGACCGCUGAUUCAACUGAGGGCCGAGAAAGAGAACGCGAGCGCAACGCAGCGCGCGCGCUCGAAUUGACACAGCAAGAUCCUGUCACCGCAGCGCUCGAUACUCGAUCCCCCGUCGAACGGUUCCGGCAAGCACCUAACAAAGCGUUUUCGGUGACGGAUCUGGUCUCGCCGGCUUGGUGCGAGCUGCAGUACUGGUUCUCGUUGACUAAACAUGGGCGGAAGAAGAGGACCGCUGCGAUGAAGAGGGGGAGUACCAUGCACAAGACGCUCGAGGAUGAGAUCUACACUACCGUCCCUGUGGAAAUCACGACGAAAGAGGACGCGUGGGGUCUCAGGAUUUGGAAUGUUAUACAGGGACUGCGCAUGCUGCGCGAGUAUGGUGUUACGCGUGAGCUGGAGGUUUGGGGCGUUGUCGAUGGGGAAUUUGUUAAUGGCAUCAUUGAUCAGUUGUCCUAUGAAUGUCCCAAUCCGGAGCUUGAGACUACUGCUGCUGGGUUCUAUGCCGAUGCUGUAGCAUCGCGCGCUGCGCUGCCGGAAUAUCAGAUGUCCUUGUCGGAUUUUUUGCUUUCUUCUUCGCAAGGCGGGAUGAAGCUUUCGGACCUGGGGCAGAGUGAAGCUGCGGAAACGGGGUACACUGAGCCAGAAUUGCCUGCGGCGGUCUAUAACCUGCGCCGGAUUUAUUUGACAGACGUGAAGACAAAGGGUAACCGAUCACUACCGAAUGUCAAAAGCACGGGGUUUCGGCCUACUCUUCUCCAGCUGCAACUCUACUACCAUAUGCUCAACCGGCUGAUCACGAGCGACGAUGUCACUAUCGAUCGCCUUGCCGCUCGUUACGACUUCGACGCCGAGAAACCGUUCACGAACGCCUUCGUUUCGGAGGUGGGCGGCCUGAACGACCAAUUCUUCGACGCCCUUUCCUCCCAAGAAUCCGAACAGAGCCGGGAUCCUUCCACUGCUAGCCAGGACUCAAUCGAUACCCUUCUAACACAUAACAACCUCUCCCGUCUUUGGAGUCUCAUGAUACAGCAACUCCGCCUCACAUUCCUCCCCGAAGAUUCCCCCGACACACAAUCCGUCGCACCAUCAAUCCCAUCACUUUCCCAGCCAGAGCUUUUGGAACCAUACUCAACCCUCCUCUCGCCAGUGCUUACGGCUAGAUAUCUCUCAUCUGUCCCCGAUGAAGACCUAAACAGACAGCUCAUCGGAAGUCGAUCUCUCCUCUUCGAUCCGACAACCCUCACCUCCUACCUCGCUGACCAGAUGACCUGGUGGCGCGGCAAACGAGAUCCCGUUGGCGUGGAUAUCAUGGACGCGUGGAAAUGUCGGGUCUGCGAGUUCCGCGAUGAGUGCUCUUGGCGCGAGGAGCGUGAGAUGGCCUAUGCGAGACGGGGUGGAGGUCGGAGAGCUGGGCCCAUUGCGGAUAUAUGA